GCCGUUUACCAUACAAAAAUUAGGUUACCUAAUUCAAAACCAUUUAUUUUGUCUAUAGUUAUUUUUUCUUUUGUAUUAAAUUAAUGAGUCUGCGAAUAAAUAAAAUAAGACAAAUUUUUAAGUUAAGUUACUUGAGCAGUUUCUUUCAAGGCUUUAGAAGUAUGGAGACACAUGAGGAAGUUUUGGAAUAUUCCCAAGGAAAAAUUAAUAAACUCAUUAGCGAAAAAGGACAAAAGGCUGGAGUGAGGGAAUAUUUAUCUGCAGUUAAAUAUGAACCGGUCAACGAUUUUGCUAAAGGUUUGGAAUGGUUUAAUGUGUCCGAACCGUUAAGUUUACAAAAACAUUUAAAGGGAAAAAUUGUUGUUCUGGAUUUUUUCACUUACUGCUGCAUCAAUUGUAUGCAUAUCCUUCCCGAUUUGAAGGAAAUUGAAGAACUAUUUUCCAUUGAAGAUGGUCUGGUGGUGAUUGGAGUCCAUAGUGCCAAAUUUGAAAACGAAAAAAUAUCGAAAAACAUCUUGGCGGCCGUUCAACGUUACAACAUCGCUCACCCUGUAGUCAACGAUGAUAAAAUGCAGAUGUGGAGGGGCUGCGACGUCCACUGUUGGCCGACAUUGGUGAUGCUGGGCCCCCAGGGAAAUCCCCUCGUCAUGUUGAUGGGAGAAGGCAACAAAGACGACCUAAUAGUUUACAUCACCGAGGCGUUGGAAUUUUACAAGGAAAAAAACGAAAUAUCAAGUCACAAGUUGCCCUUGAAAUCCGCAUAUCACAUGCUUCCGGACUUGAAGGGACCGCUUCUGUUUCCCGGAAAGCUCACCAGUUACAUCGACGAAAACGAUAAGGAGAUUGUAGCGAUCUCCGAUACCGGAAACAACAGGGUUUUGCUGGUGGGGGAGGACGGAACCAUCGUCAAACAAAUUGGAGGGGGGAAGCUCGGCUAUAAGGAUGGAAAGUUGAAGGAGGCCGAGUUCAAUAACCCCCAAGGUUUGGUGGUGCAAAACAAAAACACCUUAUUCGUCGCCGACACUGAAAACCACGCAAUCAGGAGAGUUGAUUUAACAACCGGACAAGUCGAAACAGUCGCUGGGAAUGGCUGCCAAGGUCACGACAGAAGAGGGGGGAAUCUCUGGUCCAAUCAGAUUAUAUCGUCCCCUUGGGAUGUCUGCAUGUACACAGCAGGAAAAGAGACCAACAAUGACACCCCAAAAGACGUUCUGCUGAUAGCAAUGGCGGGCACCCAUCAAAUCUGGGCCUUGUUUCUGGAAAACACCAAUUGGUGGAAAAAUCAAGUGUAUCGUGCUGGUACCUGCGUGGCCAUAGCAGGCUCAGGCGCUGAGCAGAACAGGAACAAUCAGUACGCGCAUGCUGCUGCUUUCGCUCAGCCAUCGGGUCUGGCCAUUUCGGUGAAGAAUAGAGAGUUGUUUAUAGCUGACAGCGAAAGUUCCAGCAUCAGGAAAGUUUCCUUGGAGAACGGGAAGGUUUCGCCUGUGGUGGGAGGAGAUAGAGACCCAUGUAAUCUGUUCGCGUUCGGCGACAAAGACGGCACUUUGUUCGAAGCAAAACUGCAACACUCUCUGGGAGUAGCUCUGUCGAAAGACGAGGAAACCUUGUUCGUAGCCGACACGUACAACCACAAGGUGAAGAAGAUCGACGUGAAAAAAAACCGCGUAUCUACCCUCUCCAUACCCACCUUGGACACCACCGACGGAAAUUUGAACUCGUUCAACGAACCUGCCGGCCUCUGCGUGAGUACGAACGGUUCAAAGUUGUAUUUAGCCGACACCAACAACCAUUUCGUCAAAGUCCUGGAUCUGGACGAGUCGGGCAACGUAACGGGCGUGCGAAAAUUAGACUUGAAACUCGACGAGUCCACUGAUACAGUUGACAAGUCGAAAUCGCACAUUAUCGAGGCUAAAGGUUUUUCUGUUAGCAACCAAGGCGGUAAAAUUAUAUUGGAUGUCAAAUUAAACUUCCAAGGCGGGUUAAAAUUAACCCAUGACGCUCCCCAGAAGUGGAUGGUGGAUUUACCCAACGCGAGUUGGUCCUGCAUACCCAAUAGCGGAUGCGAUCUGAGCAAUAUUGAUUUGGUCAUCAGUGUUCCUGAAAGUAAAGGUAAUUCCAAAUUCCCCAUCGAUAUUGCUUUUUCUUUGGUCACUUGCACCGCUGAUACCUGUUUUCCAAAGAGUUUCGUUUUAAGAGCCAAUGUUGAGUAUUGUAAUAACGGUCAAACUAGCAUUGAGAAACAAAUAAACGUCAUUCUGAACCCAAAUAACAUUGACUUGAAUUAGAUUUUGUUAAAUCGGCAUUUUAUUUUAAAUUUAUAAUAAAUAUUAGACUGGGCCAAAAAAUCGACUAUUUUUUGUUUUGUAAAGUAUAUCGAAAAUAUUGUUUGGGGUGACAAAAAAAAAUUAUGGUGAAAGUUUGAGUCCAUAAUAUUAAUAUUAAGAGGUCUA